UGGGGAUGGUUCUGCAUGGGGGGAGGCCAGUAAUGCCAAGUGGAUCUGCAACAUAUUUUGCCUUCAAAUGCCAUAAUUUCUCUCUCCUCUCCUUUUAUAUCUACCUGCAAUCAUCCUCUCCUGCUUCUUGGCUACCGUACCCUAUUUCUGCCUUGUUCUUUCCUUUCUGUGCUCUAUUUGCCUCCCUCUUAUCUGAUCCCAUCAAACCUAGAUCUUCCAUUCCUAACUUCUGCUCAACUCUCUGAUUGAUGAACCUCUUCUAUCCCUGAAUAAUUUGAGCAGAGUGAAAAGCUGAGUGUCUGUCAGAGGCCUCUGCUCUAUGCAAGUAUUCCAGUUCUGUGGAUAUGCCCCAGAAGGAUCCCUGCCAGAAACAAGCCUGUGAAAUACAGAAAUGCUUGCAAGCCAACAACUACCUGGAGGCUAGAUGUGAGGCUGUGCUCCAAGAAAUGCGAAGAUGCUGCGCCCAAUGCCCCAAAGGCAGAUCCAUCUGUUGUUCGGGGUUUGAGAAAGAGGAAAGAGAGAGGGAGAAGCUUAAGGCAGCUUCAAAUGGGAAUCAUGCAGCACCACAGUAACAGGCUGCAGCUCCAGGAGGUUAUGGAGCGUGGCCCUCUCCUCAAAGUAGCAUGCAAGUGGCAAAUAAUAAACAAACCUUCAGAGCUAAACUAUGAGGUUCACGCUGGAGUGGAGGCCACCUCGAGGAAUAAAACUGUUAAAAUAAUGCGUUAUUCAGACUGAUAAGGAAGCCAGAGAAGAAUCCAUCAUAGAAUAAAAUGUCCUGUGCACCAAAUGUAAAAUGCAAUACAACAGAGGGGCUGUUCAAAGGAUUCUGUUUUCUAUCCCAAACUAUUGUGACUUAGUUUGUUUCUGAUGCUUAAUGUAUUCAGUAAUCCAUUCUCAGAAUAAGAAUUUGAGGGUGAAAUAAAACU